GUCUUUUUUGCCAGUUACCGCCAUUCCAAGAACAUCAUGAUGGACAGCGACGAUGCGGCGUCGGCGCUGGACAAAGGACUAACUAUGCUUCUUCUGCCGACGAAACGACGACGACCGAUGAAGAGGAAGCGAGGUGGUCAGUGUGAUCGCGACCAAGACGACAAUGCCUUGACACCGGAAGAGGCCGUGAACCUUGUCAAGAGCGGCAUUCGGUACGCGGCGAAUCCAGUUGCCUCGUGUCGGAAGGCGGUUUCCGCUAUUCUCCACGCGCUCUCGUUGAACGAUCCCGCUGUGUGCAACAUCCACCGAAUAUGGGAAUGCUUGUUCGACCGAUCAAAGGCGUUUCGCAUCGAGCUCGUGGGACAGCUGCACCCGAUCUGCCGCGUCUUGCACGUCAAACAGCUUUACAACAUUGAUAUCCUCCGUCUUUUCCGCGCUUGGGACGUCAAGUUCGGGGGAAGCAUGCCGCAACUGCGCGCCGCCGUCAGUGCCAUUCCAUCCAAGUGGACGGAAAUGCUCGCGACGCACGACCACAACAUGCAUGUACAUGCCACGACGACUCGAACGGACACGCGCAUGUUGGCCAUGCAAUUCGAUCACAUGCAGCGUGAAGUGGAUAUGCACGGCGCCGCCAUUCUCGCGCACGUGGACAGCAUGCAGCACACGUGCGGGCUUCUCGUGCCGACAGUCGAGGACUGCUUUGCCGCCCUCGUUCGCCCCGCUCCUUUGCUCUACGACGACGACGACAAUGGCGAUGGAUGGGAAGAUGUGAUGCCGUCCGUGGCGGCGAUACCGCUUCCAGAGAUCAUCGCGUCCUGCGGCCUCGGCAGCGCCGCGUACUCGAUCAGCAUUCCCAUUCCAGACAUAAUUGACACCCACGACAUUCACCUCUUGCGGACAACUCUGCAGGAACAAGCCGCCGAGGUUCGAAAGUCGCUGCUGCCGCAAGUCCAAGCGUGGGCGGCCAUCGCGCGGACCUCCCCGACGUCCGAAUGUGCUCAAACGGUCGAGCACAUGGAGCGAUCCCUUCAAUGCGCACUUGCUAAAGCCCUCGAGUUUGCUAAGACAUAGUUGUGCUGGUAGUAGGAUCGUGUUAAGGGAUGAUGUACUGUAGUUGUCGAGUCGA